AUGUUAUUCAGUGUAUUAAAUUUAUUUUUAUGUAGUCUUUAUACUCACGAUGUUGUUGCUGAUCCACUCACUAUUCGCGAGCAAAAUAUCGCUCAAAUUAAACAGGAUCGUGAAAAGAUUAAAGAGUUUACGCUUGAAGAAGCGAACAAAUAUGACAUAUCUGAAGUAACACCUGAAGACUUCAUUUAUUCAUUCGAGACGAUUGUUGAUGAUUCAAUGUCAGAUUUUGAGUUCUACCAAUUGAGAAAAAAGGGUUUGACUGAUUAUGAGUAUCGAUUUCAAAUAAAAAUGGAAUAUGGCCUGAUUAUGAAGAGAAUACUCCGAUCUCGAAGUGAUAAUACACUAACCGUUUUCGAACAAAUAGCCAUUAUGUUCUAUACGGGUCCACCUUAUUUACUCAUCAAUCAUAUAUUGAGAAUUGGCAACAUUCAGAUCGAGCACAAACCGUUCCUUCAUGCUUUGAUCACUGGUCUAUCAAAACUACCAGUCAUAACGAGUAAAGAAAACGGUCCUCUUUAUCGUGAAGAUGUGAUGGAGCAGUGUCGAUUGAGAGAGCAUCAAGUAGGUAAAAUUGUCCUGUAUACAGGCAUCACAUCCACGACCAAAUUACAGAGUAUAAAGGGGCGAGAGAUGAAAUGUAAUAUAAUUCUACAAGAAUAUCGUACAGCUCGUUCCAUUAAACAUUUGUCGUUGGAUCACACAAAACAUCAGGAAGAAUUUGUCUUCGUACCCGGUACAAUAUUUGAGGUGAUGAAGAAAGAACAGACGCGAGAUGGAUCGUCGAAAAUCUUCAUGGAAGAAAGAUUAAUCACUGAAUUGUAG